AUGUACGUCUUAACAUUGUGUACCGCCAUUUUCAUUUUGCCGGUGAUUUUUGCUGGCAAUGAUGAAUGUUUAUCUAAAGGACAAUGCACGGCCCUUGAUGACGUCACCUGUGUACCAGUCGGAGCUAAACGCCUGGAGAAAUGUAAUGCCUACAUUUGCAAGAAAAUGAACAAUGAUUUAACAUACAAGAUCGUCAACAGAUUGUUAAGAUGUCCAAAGGAUGGAGGAUGUGAAGAUGAAGGUGCAACAAAAUUUGCCGACUGCACCACCCAUAUUUGUGUCCUAUCAAAAAGGCGGAAAUUCAUGCAGUGGAAAAUAGUAAAGACAGGUUGUUCGACAGAUGAGGGCUGUAAAUAUGAUAAGGAUGAAUGGUCAGAUCUUGAUGCUUCGUCGUGUGUUACAAGGCGAUGUGACGUCAAAUAUGAUAAGAUCAAUAAGAAAAUAUAUUGGAAAUGUGUUUGUUGCAGAGCAUCGAGCGGUAAAUGUUACUACAAUGGUGAGACGUGGCAGGAAGGGGAUUGUUACAAUAGGCGGUGUGACGUUAAUGUGACAGAUGAGGGCAAGUCACUGGCUGCCAUUAACAUUGAAAGUGGAAUAUGUAAGGACGCAGAUGGGACAUGCAAGGGAUACGGGGAAGCCGUUAAAUAUCAGUCAGAUGAUGUCAUCCUUGAUUGUAUGUGUGAACAAGUUACUUCUGCCCAGGGUUAUCCCCAAGGAAUGCCGGUAUGUGCCAUUCCAUAG